GGCGGCUCUAGGGGACGCGAUUAAUUCGAUCAGUUCGAUGGUUUCGCGCCGGCCUGAGGCAGCUGGGGUGAGGCGGUCCUCGUCCUCGUGAACCUCACCGGUGAGGAUAAAGCCGGCCGCGCCGCCAUCAUGCUGCUGCCCGUGUUCACCCUGAAACUGCGCCACAAAAUCAGCCCCCGCAUGGUGGCCAUAGGGCGUUACGACGGGAUUCACCCGUGCUUGACGGCCGCCACCCAAGCGGGAAAGGUUUUUAUUCAUAAUCCUCAUAACCGGAGCCAGAAUUUCAGUACGUCCAGGGUCUUCCAGAGCCCCCUGGAGUCUGAGGUUUCUCUUCUAAACAUUAAUCAGGCCGUCAGUUGCCUGACUGCAGGAGCAUUGAACCCUGAACUUGGCUGUGAUACACUUUUAGUGGGGACACAGACUAAUCUUUUGGCUUAUGAUGUCUACAAUAAUUCAGAUCUGUUCUACAGAGAGGUUGCAGAUGGGGCAAAUGCCAUUGUUCUGGGGUCGUUGGGAGACAUUGCCUCUCCUCUGGCAAUUAUUGGUGGGAAUUGUGCUCUACAAGGUUUUGAUCAUGAAGGGAAUGAUCUCUUUUGGACGGUUACUGGAGACAAUGUUCAUUCCUUGGCCUUGUGUGACUUUGAUGGUGAUGGAAAGAAAGAGCUUCUAGUUGGAUCUGAGGAUUUUGACAUCCGAGUUUUUAAGGAAGAUGAGAUUGUGGCAGAAAUGACAGAAACAGAGAUAAUCACCUCUCUGUGCCCUAUGUAUGGCAGUCGGUUUGGUUAUGCCCUUUCCAAUGGCACAGUUGGAGUUUAUGACAAAACAGCCCGAUACUGGAGAAUUAAAUCCAAAAAUCAUGCCAUGAGCAUUCAUGCUUUUGACCUUAAUUCUGAUGGAGUCUGUGAACUGAUAACUGGUUGGUCCAAUGGGAAGGUCGAUGCUCGAAGUGACCGAACUGGGGAUGUCAUCUUUAAAGACAACUUUCCUUCUGCCAUUGCUGGUGUGGUAGAGGGGGAUUACCGGAUGGAUGGCCACAUACAGUUAAUCUGCUGCUCCGUGGAUGGUGAAAUCCGGGGCUAUCUGCCAGGCACUGCUGAGAUGAGGGGGAACCUCAUGGACGCCAGUGUAGAGCAGGACCUGAUCCGAGAGCUGAGUCAGAAGAAGCAGAACCUGCUGCUGGAGCUCCGCAACUAUGAGGAAAAUGCCAAGGCCGAAUCGAGCAGUCCACUGAAUGAGGGAGAUGGGCAGAGGGGCAUAAUCCCAGCCAAUACCAAGCUCCAUACUACUCUCUCAGUCAAUUUGGGGAGCAAGACGCAAGCUGCACAUGCAGAGCUGUGCAUUUCCACUUCCAAUGAUACCAUCAUCCGAGCGGUAUUGAUUUUUGCAGAGGGAAUUUUUGUAGGUGAAAGCCAUGUGGUCCAUCCCAGCAUACAUAAUCUCUCCAGUUCUAUCCGUGUCCCGAUUAUGCCUCCCAAGGAUGUCCCUGUGGAUCUGCACUUGAAAACCUUUGUGGGUUACAGAAGCAGCACCCAGUUCCAUGUAUUUGAGAUGACAAAACAGCUUCCCCGGUUCACCAUGUAUGCGUUUACCAGCCCACACUCUGCCAGUGAGCCCUUGAGCUAUGUGAACUUCAUCAUUGCAGAACGGGUACAGAGGAUUGUUAUGUGGCUCAACCAGAACUUUCUGUUACCAGAAGAUACUAACAUCCAGAAUGCUCCAUUUCAAGUGUGCUUCACAUCCUUACGGAAUGGUGGCCAGCUCUACAUAAAAAUCAAACCUAGUGGAGAGAUCACUGUGAACACUGAUGACAUUGAUUUGGCUGGUGAUAUCAUCCAGUCAUUGGCCUCCUUUUUUGCUAUUGAAGACCUUCAGGUAGAAGCAGAUUUUCCUGUCUACUUCGAAGAGUUACGAAAGGUGCUGGUUAAGGUGGAUGAGUACCACUCAGUGCAUCAAAAACUCAGUGCUGACAUGGCUGACAAUUCUAAUCUGAUCCGAAGUUUGCUGGUCCGAGCUGAGGAUGCGCGCCUAAUGAGGGACAUGAAAACAAUGAAGAGUCGCUACAUGGAACUCUAUGACCUUAACAAAGACUUGCUAAAUGGAUAUAAAAUUCGCUGCAAUAAUCACACAGAACUGUUAGGAAACCUUAAAGCAGUAAAUCAAGCAAUUCAAAGAGCAGGGCGUCUGCGUGUUGGAAAACCAAAGAACCAUGUGAUCACUGCUUGUCGGGAUGCGAUUCGAAGCAACAACAUCAACACACUGUUCAGAAUCAUGCGGGUGGGCACAGCACCUUCAUAGAAGAUGAGGCAAAAGGCAAAGGAAAAGUUACUUCGAAACAUUUUAUCUAAACAUCCACACUAGUUUGCCUUGCAUAAAUCCUGGUGAACCCCAGGCAUUGUGGGUGAAAUGUUGGUGAGUAUACAGACUAAAGACAAAGCAUUAUAUUCUAUCUUCCAUUGAAGUGCAAUUGCUGGCUGCAGUAGAUUUGUAUGAGGGAGCGUGAAUACCUCUGAAACAUCCCGGCUUCAGAAG